AUGUCUUACGCCGGACACUCCAAAGUUGGCUUCCCCAACAUCUAUGAGGAUGGCGAUCAGCGUAACGUUCCUACUGACGAGGUCGAUAACCUCGUUCGGCACAGCGGAAAGAACAUAAAGGCCUACCGCCCUCGGGAACAAGUCGCCGCGCUCAACGAACAUCUCGUGGAGGAGACGCAAAAGUUGAGGGAAGAGGCAAUGAAGAAGGAUCCCACGCGUGCUGCAGAGCUCCAUGGUAACAAGCCCUGCAAGGGCGCUCUCAUUGACAAGGAGUUGGCGGAGGAGGAUGCGGCCGAGUUGAGAAAGAAGGAGGCGAAGCUCAAGCAAGGAAUUGCUGGAGCAACCCACUUCAAACACAAACACCAUCACCGUAAGAAUGAGGAGGAGGAACAGUAAAGGAAAAAUCUAAGCGAUGACGGCGAACACUAGAUC